AUGAAAGCUCUGAUAGCAGCAUCUCCGAUUGCGGUGGCCAAAGUGGGAACCGUUCCCCGUGUUCCUGUUACUCGUCGUCUCCAUGGCACCCACCGUGGUUACUGCUGCUGCUGCUGCUUCCUCUCUUCGCAUCCGAAUUCUUCUUCCUCAACACCGUCAACGGCAAGAUUGGGUCUCCAGCGGAACGGGAAAACCCUCAGGUUGGUUUUGGUCGCCAAAGCUGCUGAUUCCACUCAGCCGACUUCUGCCGCUGCCUCCAAAACCCUUGUUCCUGAUGAUGGAUUCACUCUCGCGAAGAUAUCAUUUGGUGUUAUUGGGCUUAGUAUUGGCGUUUCACUCUUGUCAUAUGGGUUUGGAGCCUAUUUCAAUAUCCUUCCAGGAUCUGAAUGGUCAGCUUUAAUGCUCACUUAUGGAUUCCCCCUUGCAAUAAUUGGUAUGGCUCUUAAGUACGCGGAACUUAAACCAGUCCCAUGUUUGUCCUAUUCGGAUGCUGUUGCAUUAAGGGAGACAUGUGCCACUCCCAUCUUAAAGCAGGUCAGAAAUGAUGUUAUCAGAUACAGAUAUGGAGACGAGCAACAUUUAGAGGAAGCCUUGAAGAGAAUAUUCCAGUAUGGUCAGGGAGGAGGAAUUCCUCGCAGGAGUGCACCUGUUCUACAAAAGAUUCGUGAAGAAGUUACUGAUGAUGGGAAAUACUGCCUUGUCCUGGAAUUUGAGGCGAAAGCUCUAACAUUAUCCGAUUUCGAAAAAAGACAGGCAAAAUUCACUUCCUUCUUUGGACCAGAUAUCACAGCAGAAGUUGGGAAGGGGGAAGGCGAUGUAUUUGAAGUGCGACUCAUUUCAAAUUCAAAUUCAAAUGCCAAAGUAUCAUCUUCGUAA